GCCGACCACACAAGCGUUGAGUCUACUCACGCAGGCUUGUUAGUCAGGAGGAACGUCACCGCGGACUAACAUUCGAAUUGGCCGAGUGGGAUGGGCACGAGUGGGACGGAGCUUGGUGUCAGUUUAGUGAACGGAAAAUGGUAUACGGCGGGGAGGAGCGAUCCCUUGAAGGCUGGAGCCGGAGUACUUCUCCGUGAGCCGAAAGAGCUCAACAUCGCCAUCAUCGCUCAUCGGUGACGACGGCGACCACACAAGACCACCAGAGGCUCGCAGUGGACAGUUUCAACACUUUCAUUCACAAAGGAGCCAUUUUUGAAUGGCCAGAGCAGGACCUGAUGGCGUCGUCGCAGGUGGAUAGCAUCAAUGCUAAAAAGGAUGGCGGCAUCAGGCACAGUGGCGAAAAAAAACCCUGCCCUGUGCACGCGCCAGGCUCGGGCGACGUCAAACGGGGCUUCCGCAAGAGCAGGAACAACGACUACGUGAAGAUCUCCAUGAAGGAGGCUGAGGUGAACCGCCUGCCGGCCGAGUGGUGGAAGACCUUGCUUCUCUUCUUCUACAUCACCUUCAGCAUGGUGCUGACCACCGUGGUCAUCACAGCGGUCCACGAGAAGGUUCCACCCAAAGAGGAAAUCCCACCGCUUCCCGACACCUUCUUUGAGUACAUCGACAGGGUCAAGUGGGCCUUUACAGUCACGGAGGUCAAUGGGAUUGUUCUGGUCACUGUUUGGUUGUUGCAGCUCUUCUUCUUCCAACACAAGUCCAUAGUAUUACGACGCUACUUCUUCAUCGCGGGUACUUUGUACUUGUACCGCUGCGUCACUAUUUACAUCACCACCCUGCCUGUGCCUGGCAUGCACAUGAACUGCGCGCCUAAGCUGUACGGAGACUUCUACGGCAAGUUCUGGCGAGUUCUGAAUUUGAUAUCCGGUGCCGGAAUGUCCAUGACCAAUACCACCAUAAUGUGUGGCGACUUCCUGUACAGCGGACACACCAUGGUGCUCACUCUCACCUACCUGUUUAUCAAGGAAUACUCGCCACGUUCGUUCUGGUGGUACCACUUGAUGUGCUGGUUGCUGAGUGCAGUCGGUGUAGUGUGCAUCCUGGUGGCACGCGAGCAUUACAGUGUAGAUGUGGUCGUGGCCUACUAUAUCACCACGCGACUGUUUUGGUUCUACCAUAGCCUGACUACGCAGUGCCAGUGUUCCCCAAACAACUACCUCACCAAAACCUGGUGGAACCCUCUGUUCAACUUCAUGGAGCGCAAUGUCAAGAAACCUGUGCCGCGGGAGUACGGCUGGCCAAAGAGCUGGGCACCGGCCUGCCUCAAGAACCCCUGUAAGAAAUACUCCAUGGUACAGAGCACACGUGAUGAGUGACAGACUCAGCCGUCAGGGUGGAGCGAUUGAACAAACACACGUGCCUCGAUGGAUAAUCGCAUUUUGUCUUUUUGCUGUUGUAUUUUAUUCAUUCGUCGGCAGUGUUGUUAAUCUUACUUUAAUAAAGUAAAUAGUUACAGUUACAAAUUGCCUUUGCUAAAAAGUAAUUGAGUUAGCACAGACUUGACUAUCAGUUGACUGGACACGGGGUUCGGGGCCGAUCCGUAGGGGGCCUAUUUUUAAAAGACUUAAAGUGAUCCUCUAACUUAAAUACAAAAAGGCUCUAAUAAACCACAGUUGUUCUCUUGUACUAAAAUAUGUUGUUGG